AUAUAACCUUAUAAUCUGACACUGUUAAAAAUAAAAGGAAAUAAUUUGAUUUCAGGAACAAAUCAGAUUUUCAUUAAGUAAUAUUAUGUAUUAAACUUAACACAAUAUCCAGAUGCAUGAGAAGCAUCACGUCCUGCACCAACCUUCAAACCUCAACAUUAAACAUUUGCGAGUUAAUUACAGGGGCCGGUCACUUGAGGUUAUAUCAGCCCGUCAAAUGUCAUACGUCCCCAUCAAACAUAACACACCAUGGAAAUCUACAAACGGAUCCUAGGCAAAUUCCCACAAAAUAUAGUGUUCAGCUUCGCUUAUGGUUCCGGAGUAAAGAAGCAACUAGGCUACGACAACAACCUCAAAAAAGCCGCAAUGGUUGACUUAGUGUUUUGUGUGAAAAAUACUGAAAAAUGGCACCAAGAAAAUCUUGCAAUCAACUCAAGCCACUACUCCGCAAUGAAAUUACUGGGAAGUUCAUGGAUAGCAAAGUAUCAAGAGAAACUCGGUGCCAAUGUGUAUUGUAACACUCUAAUCCCACUCCCAGAGGAAGGAAUCAUGAUCAAGUAUGGAGUGAUAUCUGAAGCUGACCUACUUGCGGAUCUAAAACUGUGGAAACAUCUGUACUUAGCCGGAAGACUGCAUAAGCCCGUGUCAAUCAUUACCUCAACGAGCGAAAGUAUCAAGGAUGCACUAGAAAACAACUUACUCAAUGCCUUACGCUGUGCUCUGCUGAUUUUACCAGAAAAAUUCACAAAAUUCGAACUAUUCCACACGAUAUCCAACAUAAGCUACAAAGGAGACUUCCGAAUGGUGUUUGGGGAAAACAAAAACAAAGUCAAUAACAUCGUCAAACCACAAGUAGAUAAAUUCUACGACCUGUACUUACCAACGAUAGACCGUUUCUCGAAAUCAAUUCAACUCACCAGUGACGCGGAUUUCAUCCAAGAUAAAUCGAAAGAUGUCGCCGAAAACCAUCUCCUUCAACUCCCGAAACAUCUAGUCAAGAAAAUAGUUAUUAACUCUCGUCUGAAAGGUAGUGAAGCUGAGAUAUUGCAUCAGAUCUCUAGUCAAGAUACGUAUCCAAGUAUUGUAUUGCAAUCUUUAUGUCAAAUAGUUUUUAAGAGUAGUGCAUGGCAGUCGAUUAAAAAUAUCCCUACAGCUGGACUGUGGAAAAGUAUUUCGUAUAGUUGGGAGAAAGCGGUGAAGACGUUUACCUAGCAAUGUACGUAGUAAUGCCUUUUGUGAAGGUUUAGUUUUGAAGACAAUAAAGUUUAGCAGUAUU